AUGAUUCAGUUAAAAAAUGGGGCUGGAGAGAUUAUCAAACAAAAAGAUAAAGAAAUCGAAAAUUUAAAUGCAAAGAUCGCCGAGCUUUUGCAAAUUCUUAACAACAAAAAUUACGAAAUCGAUAAUAACAUUCAAGGAAAGAAUAAUCAAAUAAGCGAGCUUGAAGUCGAACUCGAUCAAAUUAAUUCUAAAUACGAGCUUGAGUUAGAAGUUCUCGAAAAUACGCACAAGAUGGAAAUCAACAAUAUAAGGGAUCAGCAGAAGCGUGAAAUUAAAUCAUUAGAAGCAGAAUUGAAUCAUGCAAGAGAACAAGCCAAUUUCUAUGCUGAAAGUCGAAAGAAAACGAGUGCAAUGUCAAAGGGGAUAUACGGUUCUGAUGAAAAAAGUAAUGGAAAGACGUCGUUUUUAUCCCAAGCAGCAAAGAAUUUACAUGACAAACGCUUAGCAAAUGCAAAAUUUGAACAAAAAGAAUUAAAAUCAAAAGAAUCCCAGUUGUCUAAUCAGUUAAAAGAUCUAAUUCAAAAGCAACGCUCAUUAAAUUCGUCAAAUUCAAAGAAACUUUCAGACAAAUUGGAUAAGAAACUCAGACAACCAUCAGAUAAUAUAAGAAGGCCUAAAACAAAUAAGUCUCCCGUUGAUUUAGACCAAAUUCAAAAAAAGUAUGAUGAUCAACUUAAAGCUGAGAAAGAUAACGAGAAAAAGGAAAUCCAGGACUUAGAGAAGAAGCUCAAGUCUUUGACAGAUGGUUUGGAAAAAAUCAAGGAAACGCAAAAUAUUCCUGUAAAAGGAAAGAAUCAAAAAGAUACAACUAGUUCAAUUUCAUCUGUUAAUCCUACUAAACAAGGGAAGAAGCCAAUAAGUGCUGUUGGUUUUGGCUUCGUUGAGGCUGAAAUUGUAAGACUUGUUAAUGAAAAUGUCUCCCUUAAGAAUUUACUUGAUAGAAUGGAUAGACUUGCAUACGGAAAAGUCUAA